AUGGCUAUGAUGUUGCCUCUGAGACCCAGACUCGGACUCGGACUCGGACCAGGAUCCUGCUACUCAUGGGCGAGAGCCGCCAGAGCCUGCAGAGGGCAUUCUCCGUUUGACGGGAAACCCAGGCGGAGCAGCUCGACGGUCCUGUUCCUCCCCCAGAAAGCAGCGACAAGCAGGCCGUCAUCAUUGAGGGCCAGCUCACUGCAGACAGCAAAGGGUCCAGCCCAGGCUUGGCGAUCAACUCGGCUCGAGAACUUGCGGUACCAAGGAUUACCCCUCCCCUACUCAACAUCCAGGCAGCCCGAAGAUGCCCACAGAACCAAAACUCCCGAGCCAAAGAAGCCACUCCUCAAAGUCCUCACCAAACUCACCCCGCAUGAAGAUAUCUAUACCAUCCCUAACAUCCUCACAUUCUCUCGCCUCAUCGCCGCCCCCAUCGUCGGCUACCUCGUCCUCCAUGAUCAUCAUGCAUGGGCAGUCGGACUCUUCGCCUACGCAGGAAUUACCGAUCUGGUAGAUGGCUGGAUAGCCAGGAAGUGGAACCUCCAGACGGUGGUGGGGACGGUCAUCGAUCCAAUGGCCGACAAGACUUUGAUGACGAUCCUGACGGUGUGUUUGGCUAUCAAGGGGGCUCUUCCUGUGUGGCUUGCGGUAAUCAUCCUCGGUCGAGACGUAGCUCUAGCCUUAACAGCCAUCUACUACCGCUGGAUCUCCCUUCCCCCUCCCAAGACCUUUGCGCGGUACUGGGAUUUCUCUUUACCUUCUGUUGAGGUGCACCCUACCACCAUCAGCAAGUAUAACACCGCGUUGCAGCUAGUGCUGAUUGGAUCUGCGACGGCUAUGCCCUUGGUGACUUUUGAUGUUACGACGGCGAUGACAGCCAUGCAGUACCUCGUUGCCAGUACCACGGUGUGGAGUGGUGCGAGCUAUAUUUACUCGAAGGAUGCGGUGAAGAUCUUGAGCCAGGAGAAGCCGCCUACAGAGAAAGUGCCCGGAGAGAAGAAAUGA